AUGUCGCUUCUUUUCAAACAUUUACGCGUCCACCAAGUUUUUGGCGCGAAUACCGAUGUCGGAAAGACCAUCUUGACGUCGGCGCUGGUUCGAGCAUCGGCCGCAGCUGGAAAAUCUGUCUUUUAUUUGAAGCCGGUCAGUACCGGUGACGCCAACAGCGCUGAUGUAGAGCAUAUAAAACGAUAUAGCGGUUCCUUCAAGGACCGGAUCCGUGCAGAUUGCCUGUACCAGUACCAAGAACCCGUGAGCCCUCACCUUGCAGCCAGGCUCGCAACCAGCAACGACGAAACUCAAAUUCCCACAGACCAGACCGUCAUCAAUUCUAUUGCCCAUCACAUUAGACAGUGCGCUGCAGCGUCGCCAGAUCCUUCCCACAUGUAUGUGGAAACUGCUGGAGGCGUACAUAGUCCUACUCUUUCUGGCACAACACAGUUGGAUUGCUAUCGGCCUCUUUUUCUUCCCACCAUUCUAGUCGGUGAUUCCAAGCUUGGCGGUAUCUCGUCCACCAUUUCUGCAUACGAAUCGCUUGUCCUCCGCGGUUUCCUGGUCGAUGCUAUCCUGCUCUUCCGCGACGAGUAUUACCGCAACUGGGAGUAUUUGAAGCCCUACUUUGCGGAUCGUGGAGUCCAUGUUUCGACCGUAAACGCUCCUCCUCCCUUACUUUUAGAUACCUCCCAAAAUCACGCGUCUACGGAAGAAUAUUAUCGGUCUCUGCUUACCGAAGGUGACGAAAAUGGUAUAAUGUUGAGUAUCGAGCACCUGGAUGCUUGUUACAAGAAUAGGUUGGAGGAGCUGGAAUCAAUGCCUCGUCGUACCCUAGAUUCGAUCUGGUGGCCCUUCGUCCAGCAUUCGCAUUAUCAAACGGAGCAAGAUGUCAAUGUCAUCGAUAGCGCAUACUCGGACUUCUUUACCGUCCUCCACCAAUCUUCACCAACAUCCUCCGUCUUGCAGCCCCAGUUCGAUGGGUCCGCAUCCUGGUGGACACAAGCUUUUGGCCACACCCAGCCUGCUCUUACUCUGGCUGCCGCAAGAGCGAGCGGACGAUACGGGCAUGUCAUGUUCCCAAGAGCCACUCAUCUCCCUGCUCUUCGACUUGCCGAGCGACUAGUAAAAGAGGGUCCUGGCAAAGGAUGGGCAUCUAAGGCUUAUUUCUCGGAUGAUGGUUCCACUGGAAUGGAGAUUGCUCUCAAAAUGGCUUUACGCGCGUUCACAAUCCGGGAAGGGAAAGAAUUUGACGACGUGCAGAAAAAGUCGUUAGGCAUCCUUGGGUUGAAAGGAAGCUAUCACGGGGAUACUAUUGGGGCGAUGAAUGCUUGUGAGGAGGGGGUUUAUACGUGCGAGUGGCAUCACGCAAAAGGUUAUUGGCUCGACCCUCCUACGAUUUCCAUGCGUCAAGGAAAGGUUGUGAUAUCUAUUCCCCCAUCGAUUACCUCAGAGAUAUCAGUCGUCCAAGGUGAUUCGUUGGCCUGGGUUUAUGAUGUUGCUGCUAGGCUAGACACCCCUCUUGCACGCGUUUACAAGGAGCGUAUUGAGAAAACGCUGGAUGCACUCAAACGUAAAGGACACACACUCAGCGCCCUCGUGAUGGAGCCUCUGGUCAUGGGAGCAGGAGGGAUGUUAUUCGUGGACCCCUUGUUCCAGCGUGUUCUCGUCGACGUAGUUCGUGGGCCAUCAUCAUCUUCAUCAUCAUCAUGGUCAGGUCUCCCAGUCAUAUUCGAUGAGGUCUUCGUCGGGUUAUACCGCAUCGGUAUGGAGAGCACCACGUCCAUCCUUGGUGUUAAACCCGAUAUUUCUGUCAACGCCAAGAUCCUCACCGGCGGUUUACUGCCUCUCGCUGUGACACUGGCUUCGAACUCGAUCUACGAGGCGUUCCUCAGUGACAAGAAAGCCGACGCGCUACUUCAUGGUCACUCCUACACGGCCCAUGCUAUGGGAUGCGAGGUUGCGAACGAGACGUUGAAGAUGAUUGAUGGUCUUUCGGGGAGCGACACGUGGAAGGAGGCUCAAGCACAGUGGAAGAGCGAGGGUGACUCUGUUUGGAGUUUCUGGGACCCGGUGUUUAUAGAGACGGUUUCUAGGAUGGAUAAUGUGGAUGAGGUGAUGACUCUGGGGACGGUGCUUGCGAUUAAGAUCCGAGACGACGAGGCUGGAUACACUUCACACUCAGCGGAAACAGUGUUCCGCCCAAUAGAUCAAUAUGAUGAUGGAGGAAACGAGUUCUCUGCGGCACCUGGGGGAGCACCCUUCGGUGUGAAUUUCCGCACACUAGGGAACGUGGCUUACUUCAUGACGAGUUUGAACACCUCAUCGGCUGUUCUGCGUUCUCUUGAAGACAGAAUCUGGAGAACUCUACAGCGACAUUCAUGAUGACAAAAUUAUAAAUUAUUCCUGCGCGUUGCGACAAGUUGCAAUAGGCCAUGGCGACAGCCGUAUGCGGUAUCAACCGACAUCUCAUACCAGAGAGCAUUGUAUGUAUGAAGUCGUAAAUACCGAAUUUC